AUGUUCCAAGACUUUGGACUACUGACUGAAGCAGAGUUCACCAAGCUUUGCAAGACCACGCCGCAAGCAGCCGGCCUGAACAAAAAGAAUGCUCCCAACAUCCGCUUGAGUUUCAAUGGCCCAGAAGGCAAGCAGAAGUACUUCUUAGUUGGGCUCCAAGGCCUACCAUGUUCGGAGGUACAUGGCAUGCGAAAGAUUCGGAUGAGGAUGACAGAUUCAGUGUCCCAUUGCGAGGGAUUCUUGGACCCUGAGAAGCAAGUGCUACAAGACCAGGGCACUACAGUGUUCAACCACAUGUUCAAAAUGGCGAACGAGUCCUACGAUGCCUCAAUGCAGUUUGGGUGCAAGGCUCCCAAGAAUGUGGUGGACUACUUGGCAGAGAAGGAGACGGCGGCUGAUCAUGAGCAGCAGCAACUUUCAGAAGCUGCUGCAAGAAUUGCAGCCGCCAAAGACCAAGCUGCCAAGCAAAGCUCUGCAGAUGACUUUGAUGCAUUGUUGGACGGCUUUGAUUCAGGUGAUGAAGCGGCUGAGGCCAUGCCAGCUCGACCAAAAAUCUUGCCUGGCACCUACUCAUCCAGCUUUGCGACACCUUCAAAACCUGCCCCGAAGGCAAAGUGUCAGAGCAACAGCGGCAGCAAGCAGAAGGCUGCCUCUCAAGCAUCUGCUAAUCUUUCAACCACUGCAUCCGGUUCUGUUCGUAGCGUGGAGGAGACGACAGAUAGCGCUGGUGGGAAGCAGGAGCUGGAUCCGGAGAUGCAGCGUGUGGCAGAGAAGCAUCUCUCCACAGAGAAUUGUCUUGGUUCAGGUCCUUUUGUGCUGUCUGACAAGGGCAGCAGCAUCAAGGCUUUGUAUGGCCUGGUUCCCCAGACGUUCCUGGUGCUCUCCGAUCGUCGAUACGCACAGUCAGCCAAGCUCCGCGGAGCGAAACAAAUCCUGGAGAACCUCGGGAAGACUGGGCACACUCAAGCUGCUGGCCUGCUUAAGGAUCGCAUUGCUCAGUGUGAGUCCUGUGAGAUUCUCAGCAGCCGUGUUCUCAAGACAUGUAAGCCUGAUCAGAUCGAGAAGGUGAUCUCUGCUACCAUUGGAGUGGAGUUGCCUUGUCCCAUUCAAGUGAGGGUGGCGGAGGCGCAUGUGAUUCACAAGAUCGUGAAUGUACUGGACCCCAAGGCUCCAGAUGAUGAACUUGUGGAGGGCAUGAAGGCUUUGGCUCGCGCUCUUUGCCCCAAGACCAAAGAGCAACUUCGGAAUGAGCGUUUGAUGAAAUUCGAGGCAGUCAACCCUAGGUUUGACGCAGUGCUUUAUCAGUUGAUGGACGGGGUGGCUGUGGAUUCAGCAUUCUCUCAUUCUCCUUCUGGGGGCAUGCUGGCCUUGACAAAUGCUCCAGCUCCUACCACGCCAGUUCCAGAGUUCAAUGCCAGUGGUCAGAUUGUUUUGGCGGCUUUGGGGGCUGCAAUCAUUGGUGUGCUGGAGGAGGAAAUCUUCAUGCAAAUCUUUGCAAGGGGGCUGGAUGCAAAGAAGUCUUUGCUCGCGUUCAGCCUCACCUUUCUUGAGGGGAUGCAAGAGCUGAUGGAGAGCCCUGCAGAGAUUGCCAUCUUUAAACAUGACAUAGGAGCUGCUGUCCAUGCCGCACUCACUCGCGUCAACAAGAUUUGCAGAGCUAUUGCGCAUUGCUUCUGUGCCAGUGAGCCAGAUGGAGUUCAUGCGCUGAGCGAUGAAGAUGCCUUCUACUUUCAGAAGUACAAGGAUGCUGACCUGCCAGAGAAAAUGGUUGCCAAGCUCUUCAACGAUAGGGAGUCCUUUUGGCACAAGGAAACUAUGGAGAUGAUUGCCAAAGCAGGGGCUUCCACUCUUACAGCAGUGAAGCAACAGGAGCUUCUAGACUUGCUUGCAGAGGACUCUCGUGCAACCUUUGCACCAGAGUUGAAGCAAAUGGCAGACCUUCUUUCGAGUCUCCGUGAGUCUUGUAGGGAGCAGAAGCUGGCACAUGCCAAAGCUGCCAUUGAGAAGCUUGUGGGAGGCACGGUCGACCAUCAUCAUGUGAGCAGUGAACUCAGCGAUGUCUUCCUGUCUGCACUUCAGCAUUUGCCCAAUGAGUACCCUGGUGUGAAAGAGCAGAGGGAGAAGAUCCAGGUCUUUUUCACUGACCACCGGAAGCAGGUUGGAGCCAAUGAUUUGCUGAAGCUCAUGGUAACAGACCUUCAGCCAGACACCAAUGACAUCCAGAAGGCUGGAGUCUUUAUCCGCGCUGUGGCUGGCCGCCGAUCUGAGUUGGCCGGUGGCAGCUCUGAUUCCUGCAAAGAUGUGAGCUCCUUCAUUCAGCUCUGGGCAAACCUGGCAGAGAAUUCUCUCCUGCUGAUUCGUCUGAACAACAAGUGCUCUGACGUUUGUCUGGAAGAUGUCAAGCAACAUGUGGAGACCCAUGGGGUGCAACUUGCUGAGAAGUUGGUGACAGCGAGGAAAGAAGUUACACGCUUGAUGAAUUCCAUUGAAUCGCUUGCCAAGGCCAAGCCAACAGGAGAUUUGCCCAUUGGUCUUCAGAAGCUGUUCUCAGUUCAGUUGCCACAGUCAAUUCACUCCGCGCUUGUCUCUGAGUCCUUCGAUGACAUGGUUGCAUGCAAAGCUGCUUUGUUGAUGGACUCCAUCAAUGUGAACAACAUGGCAUUUAAGAAGAUUCUACAGGAGAACUACAAGCAGAAGGAGUUGGACGCUUCCCAAGACCACUUCAGAUUGCUUCGGCAGUCAUGGGCAGCAGGGCUUUCUGAGGCUUCCUCACUGGAGGACAUGACAGCAGCAUGCAAGGAUAUUAUUUCAAAGCUCCCAGCUGCUGCAAUGAAAGAUUUUGCGAAGGUUGUUCAGAGCGAUGCUGCCCAGAGUGCCUUUGAGGAUCUGCAAAAGGCUUGUGACCUGGCCAUCGAGAUGGCACAGACUUCGAAGAUUCAUACUUCGCAUGUGCUCCUGAUCAAGGCCACGCGGAACUACCACAAGGGCAGUGCAGACAAUGACGAGACGGCUGUGAGCAACAACUUGAGCUUGAUCCAGCACCAUGCCGAAUUCUUCAGGGCCAAUUCGAGUUACGAGCGACGUGCCCGUGGGGAAGUGGCCUAUGAAGGGCAGUGGUGGGCUGUAAGGUUUCCGAAGCCUGUGUGGAUCCAAAGCUGGGAGAGGCUGCUCCAGGACUCCAAGGAGGAUGGCAGGCCCUGUGAGGACCACCCCUUCGUGCCGCCGGACCUGCCAAGGCCCUUGGCCGUUCUACAGGGCUGGCGCCAGCAUAGCUGCUUGGUGCCCGUGGCCCAGCGCUUUGCAAAGACGAGGUGCUUAGUCUUCAUUGCUUUGGUGAACUCCUUACACCUCGGGGAGCACUGGCAGGAUCACUUGCACUUCUUCCGGAAUUUUCGUUUCGUCGAGGAGGUUGAGACGCAAGCGGUGCACUGGAUCCAAGGCCUUCCAACGCCCUACCUGGCCAUCCAUAUGAGGCCGUACCUGUUUCGAAGUGAAGGCUUCAACGAGUCCACCAUCGAGGCCAUGUUUCUUCAAGAGCUUCGUCAUGCCUUGUAUCAGCUCCAGCGCAGGUGGGGCCGGCCACCCGGCGUGUUCUUGGCCUCGGAAUCAGUGCAGGAGAACAACACCCAGAGGCUCCUGCAGAUGCUCAACGACUUGGACCUGCACGUGAUCACGUCGGAGGACACCAAGCCAACGCAUGGUGGCCCCAGUUCGGCGCAUGUGGCGAUUGACGUGACGAUCUGCGCGCGAGCGAGCCACUUCCUGGGGACUGCCACGUUCAGGAUCUCAGUCCUCACUCAAGAUCUUAGAACGAACCUUGCAGAUGCGAAAGACGCCUCACCAUCUUCUUUGGGAUCGCAGCUGCGCCUCACCAGAGGUCCUCCCUCUCUGCGCUCAUUGGAUCGCUCCGCUACGCCGCCAACCGCACAGGUGAGACCGCGAGUUACUUCCCACGCUUGCCACGUGUGGAUCUGGAGGAAUACGAGCUCGGGCUUUUUCCCCUCUCCUCGUCGUUGCCGUCCGAAGGGGAGCUCCAGCACUUCUUCCAUGGCCUUGAGACCAAAGUCUCCGCGGCCUCGAGCCGGAGCUUCUUCGACUGCAGCGUGGAUGCCCGACGCGAAGGCCGUCCACGGCGUGGAGUCCGGGAGACGUGGCGGCCAGCGUGGCUCUCCUAGAUAUGGCAGCGGAAUGGCCAUUGUCAACACCGUUUUGCCCUUUGGAGAAGAGAGGACGUCGGCAGUGCUGGUCACCCGCGAUUUGAUCGAAUAUGCUUGGCAAGAGUCAGCGUGGUCAUGUCCACCUGUGGCGCUGAUCGCCUAUAUGCAGUUGCUGGUGGGAUUGCAGAAUGCCAGUCGCUGGGGCCCGGCGGCAGGCUUUGACCCAACAAGCCCACACGAGCUCUACCUGGAGAAGGUGCGCUUUGUCUACAAACUCUGGCAGAUGCUGUCGAUCGGGUCCUGGAACAUGGCUGCCUGGUCAGCACCGGGCGUGAAGUAUGGAGUUCAGCAACUGUUAAGGAGCCUGGCGCAGCUGUGAGAGGCCAAAGUGGUGCCCUCUUGUG